GUGGCAUCAUCGGUCGCCAUUUUAGAAGUCGAAGUGAGAGAAUCAGUGACCGUCCGACAAAAACUACAAAAUUAUCGCGUUCUCUUGUCAUCAUCAUUGUCAUUUUUAUCCUUCCACGUUGAACCUAACAAUCAUCCAAACAUUGAGACAAUAAUCACUCCUUUCACUCCUCCCACCCUGUGAGACAACUCCAAUUUGUUCCCCUACCACAUUUUCCUUUAGUUGUAUUUUUUUUUUCUAUACAACCGUUCGAUAAACCAACAGUUGGAGGGUGCUACAACCAGCGUUGAUGAUUGGAAUUCCGCGGGACGACCGACAUAAAAUUACGGUUAAAAUCCGAAAUAAUAAUAUGAAACGAAGCUCAUCUCGUGAUACACCACCACCCAGAGUUAAACGAAGCAGAUCAUCGAUAGGAAGGUACGAUGAGUCGAGCGACGAGCGUAUAACACCAGACAGAAUUCGUCGUCGAAGCCGAGGAGCUCGUAGCCCAAGUCCUCCACCCCGAGCCUCAUCCCACGCUCGUUACGUUGAAUCUUCAUCCCACCGAGAUGAUUAUCUCCGUCCGCCAGCUCGUGAAAUACCCCCAGAGCGUCAAUAUAGCUACAAAGUUCUCUGUGUCUCGUCGAUCCACCAAAAAGCCAGCGAUGAGAUAAUCAAAGACACCCUCUACCGAGAGUACAAAAAAUUUGGUGAAUUCUCAAUUCGUAUCUCUCACGAGCUAGACGAUCGUGUAGCUUUCGUCUGCUUCAGGAGCUCAGAGGAUGCCAGAGACGCAAAGCAUGCAAAACCUCGAAUAAUAAUUUACGACAAAGUAGCGAUUGUGGAGCCAGUGUACGAGAGACCAGAGACGUAUCGUCGAGCCCGUUCAAUCAGUCCUCCAGAGUACGACAGAUAUUAUGCACGUUCACCAGGUCCUGAACGUCACCGGCCAAUCGAACGCUACGAGAGAGUUUAUGGUCCACCUGUUGGAAUACCACCACACCGAGAAAUGCGUCGAGAGGCUAUUCCUCCACCUCAUCACGACUUCGUACGUCCGCCAAUGCAUCAUGGACCACCACACGUUCAUCAUCCAGGUGGUCCACCCCAUCACUACGGCCCACCUCGUCACAUGAUGAUUCGUCAUCCUGUUCAUGGUUUUGAGAGGGUUGAAAACAAAAAGGACAAAUUUCCAAAUUAUCUCCAUCACGUCUCCCCUGAGGACGAUCCAUUGGCCACAAGAACUCUCUUCGCUGGGAAUCUCGAGAUUAAUAUCACGGAGGAGGAACUGCGCCGAAUUUUUUCAAAAUAUGGUAUUGUCGAUGAUAUUGACAUCAAAAGACCACCACCUGGCACUGGAAAUGCUUACGCUUUCGUCAGAUUUCAAACUCUCGACAUGGCCCAUCGCUGCAAGGUCGAAUUAUCUGGUCAAUACAUUGGCAAAUUUCAGUGCAAAAUUGGUUAUGGAAAAGCUACACCCACGACUAGGAUCUGGGUGGGUGGACUGGGGCCGUGGACAUCGGUGCCUCAGCUGGAGCGAGAGUUCGAUAGAUUUGGGGCAAUCAAGAAAAUUGAUUACAUCAAGGGUGACAGUAAUGGUUACAUUUUGUAUGAUUCUAUUGAUGCUGCGCAAGCUGCAGUUAAGGAGAUGAGGGGAUUUCCCCUGGGAGGACCUGAUAGAAGACUCAGAGUGGACUUUGCCGACGUGACACCUGGCUUUGGCUUCAAACCAAGACCUUAUCCAGAGGAGAAUUCCGGUGAAUUCAGACAGAGGCCAGUGGAUUAUGAGCCAUACGAGAGUUAUGGGGGAGAGACAGAGUUCAGUUAUGGAUCUAGGGGCUUCAGAGGUGGACGAGGUGGAUGGCAUGAACGUCGGGGUGGUAGGGGUGGAUCAAGUGCAAGUUAUCGAAAUACUUAUCCGGAGGGAUACGUCAGGGAAGAAGCAGAAUGGCCUAGCAGGCGACCACCACCUGAUAUUGAAUAUGAGACACCAAGAUUGAGACGAUCGAUAUCCAGGGAGCCAGGUGUUGACAGAUCAAGAUCGAGAUCUCCGAGGAGACGACCCAUUGAUUCGGACUCAGAUUCUGAAACGACGAGGACGGGGAUGUUGUCAACAUCGAGAACACUGGCUGAAGUUGCAAGAAAAGCCAUUGGCGUCUGGUCAGGUGCUCUAAUUCUAAAAAAUUCACUCUUCCCUGCCAAAUUUCAUCUCACGGAUGGUGACACUGAGAUCAUUGAGGCACUCAUGAAGGACGAGGAGGGAAAACACAUGCUGAGAAUCACCCAGAGGCUCAGACUCGAUCAGCCAAAGCUGGAUGAUGUUUCUAAGAGAAUUCAAACCUCCAGUUCGCACGCAAUUUUCUUGGGACUCGCUGGAUCCAGUGGUGCUGUUACUAAUGAGGAUGCCAAUGUUCAGACAAGACCACUCAGAAAUUUAGUAUCUUAUCUCAAGCAAAAAGAAGCUGCUGGGGUUAUUUCAUUGCUUAAUAAGGAUACUGAGGGGACUGGGGUCCUCUAUGCUUUUCCUCCUUGUGCCUUUUCCACUGAAUUAUUGAAGAGAACCUGUCCAAGUUUGAGUGAAGAGGGACUCAAGGAGGAUCAUCUCGUUAUCGUUGUUGUCAAGGGGGGAAGCGCAUAAAUUGAGGGGAAAUCCAGUCUUCCUGGAAUUCUACAUUGGAGUUUUUUACACGAAUCGAUGUGAUUAUUUUGAAUUCUCUUCCAAAUUUUUAGGGGGGACGGAGAACGGUUAACUGACGAUUUGGAAAAAUUCAUUCGUGUGUCUGGGGGGAGGGGUGAAGGAUAUCGUAAUGAAAAAUUUUAUAUAUACAUAUAUAUUUUUUUUUCUUUUUUUUUUAUUCAAGUGGAAGAUGUAGGUAUCGCAGAUGGGGCGGAUUUUUUCUUGACUUAAAAAAUUUUUAAUUAAUUGAAAAUCGAGGAAAAAUGUUGGACCAGUGGUAAAAUUGUUUUGGCACUUGGCCUUGAUUCAUUUAGAAAGUAGAAAAUCAUAAGGCACUUAUAUAUAAAGUACAUUUAUAUAUGAAAUAAGAUAGGGAUAGAAUGCCUGAAAAUUGAGGAAAACAUGGAACUAAUCUGCUAUUGAUUAAUUAAUUAUCUCAUUAGGUUUAAUGAUUAAUCAACAUAUAUAUUUUUUCCUUUUUUUCUCCCCCUCGUCAUGGUCGUUUCAUUAUAGGAAGAUUUACACAUGUGUGACGUAAACUAGUUAAGUGAUUGUGUCAUUAAUGAGAUAAAAACAUUUGAGAAAUAAUGUGAAUAAGUUUCGGGUUAGUUGAACGAAAUAUGAGGAAAACUGUGGAUUUUCGAUGAUAUCGAGACUAAUGGAGAUAAUCAAUUGUUUCUUUCGGACACUGUGGCCCUAGUGGUGGUGAAUGUUGAAAGUUAGUUAGAACCUGAUGAAUUGUGACGCGAAAAGAGCCCGAUAAAAGAAAAUAUUUCUUUCGUUUCAUGAGGAAAAUAACAGCGAUGUCCACAUGAUUAGAGGAGGGAAUAAAGAUUUUUUAAAUUAUCGAAUAUGGUGGUUCAAGUGCAGAGUCGAUGUGUACGUGGAUAACUGAAUUUGACGAUCAAUCGAGAGAAUUUCAAUAUGAAAUUAAACACGAAAAAGAGAAAACGAAAUGAAAAUUAAAGCAUCAGCUGAAUAGUUGCGAUUCUUGUGUAAAGUGAUGUAAAAAUGAUUCAUUGAGAAAAAGAAAAACAAAACGAAACGAAUUGAAAACGAAAACGCAUUUGAUAAAAGUGAAUUGUUCGUGCACUCGUCGACGUCUCAGAGGUAUCGGGAACCGUGUAUACCAAAAUGAUGAAUUUGAAUUGUGUUUUCAAACAUGAGAUAUCUAAUGAGUAUGUUUUUUUUUUUUUGUAACUUGUGAAGUGCCCCGAUGUCCAACGAGCGUCGACGAGCCAUUAAAAAGGUGCAGUGGAUUUAAAAAGUGUAUCAGGUGUGUCUGAAAGAUGCAAAAAUCUUUAUCAUUAUGGAAAAAUAGAUGCAGCAGAUAAAAAUGA